AACCGUUCCGAUCCGCGACGACCUUGCACCCAACUCCGAUUUCGACAGGAUCCAGUACCGGCUGGACGACGGACGCGUUUCGCGCGCGGUUGUUUUCAAACAAAGAGAGGGAAUCCGAAACAAAGUAGUCAGCUGAUCCGAGAUGCAUCUCUGGUGGGAGGGCCGAGGCGGCGAGGGCUUAAAUAGCACCGCGUGGAGUUCUGCGCGUCAGUACCAGGCAGCGUCACCUGAAACGCUCUCGUUGCGAUUCCUCUCGUUUCUCCUCGGAGCGCGGAAAAACCAGAAAUACGCGAACUCGUACGUUCUGAAUCGGUUUCCCUAAGACGAGGACCUCCAUGCGUAGCAUCCCGACGGAAAAGUGCAUGUACAGGGCUCUUUGUGCACGAUCAACGAUAACCGGUGCCCGAAACAUGAUAGUUUCCUGAUAGCGGGGGAACGAGUGCUACACAACGCUUCGAGGAGUAACGUUUGACAGAUAUUUUGUGCUCGAGAGGCAUUCGAGAGAUUACUGGUUCGCACGGAUUAUUCGCAUUCGGAGAGAUGAAACCACCGACGUACAAUGACGAACGAGUGCAAGUAUCUCAGGAGCAGGGAGAGAGCAACGUGGCCAUGGCUGUUUGCGUGCAGUUGGCGGGCCGGGCGAUCAUCAGGGUGGUUUCCCGUUGCGAGGAGGCACAGGACAAUUGCAAUCUAGAUUUGUCGGAAUGCCAAUUAAUGCAGGUACCUGAUGCAGUAUAUCACUUAAUGAGACACACGGAAUUGAAAAGAUGCGAUCUUUCUGGGAACGUGAUAACAAAAAUUCCACCAAAAUUUGCAGUGAAAUUUUCAUUAAUCACCGAACUGAACCUGAGUCACAAUCAAAUGAGCAAGCUGCCAGAGGAACUCGCCGAGUUGCAAGCUUUAGAGAGGCUGAACAUUUCGCAUAAUACCUUCAUUGCUUUGCCACCUGUUACUUGUCGGAUACCACAGCUGAAGCACCUGCAUGCCAACAACAACUCUAUCAUCGACGUAGACAUCGAGAGACUGAGGCACGCUCCAGUUUUGGAAUUUAUUGAUCUACAAGCUAACCCGCUCACGCCCAGAAUGCACGAUCUUCUCGGCACCUUGACCCGGAUUCGGAUCGAAUUGACGCCCAGACAGGUCGAGGAAUGGGAAGAUCUUACUAUCUGAGGCGGGUCCACGCCGCAUGGAGAACAAUCAAAUCUGCCAAAGGGGCGGAUCGUCGAAUAUUCGUCCUGCGUGGACGUAGUUUGCUUCCGUUUAUCUUGACUGAGAUGGUUCAAGGAGUUCGCGAACGAAUCGUUUCCGCGAACCAUGAACGAACAGCAAGUAUUUUGUACAGUGACUGUAUAUGAUCCAACCGACAACGUGGCGCGGGCGAUAAAGCAGGAAAAAACCGUACCACCUCGCCGGAAAGCAUAUAAACUCUUUGUAACUGACGUUCCUCGCGGUCAGUACUUAACAGCAAAGACUUGCCGGGUACCUGGAAACUUUCUGCAUUGAUCUCGUGAAUAACCGAUCGUCGCUUCCUCUUCCCGUUUUAUACCGUGUGUUUUCUCUUUUUUUUUUCUAGAUUUUAUUCGGCCGCUCGCACGUUUGGCCGCGCACCGCUGUGAUUGAUGUACGCGCGUUGCAUCGCGAGCCGCCGAUCCAACUUAUUACCAUAAUUUAUACUAACUCCGUACAAGUAUCCUGUAAAUUUAAGAUACGUUUUAUUAUUUUUUAUGCGUGGACUUGACAUAUUGCGACAUAUUGUGUAUAAUCAAUCGUGCGACUGCCAAUGUACGGGCGAUCGACUGCUGACAUACUCGCUACAAACGAGCCGUCACUUUAAUUUUAUAAACACACACACACACACAUACACAAAAAGAGAGAGAUUUAUAUAAAGA